GCGCGAUGCGAGUGGUAGUCAUUGGAGCUGGAGUCAUUGGGCUGUCCACCGCCCUCUGCAUUCAUGAGCGUUACCACCCAAGACAGCCGCUGCACAUGAAGGUCUACGCAGAUCGCUUCACCCCACUCACCACGAGCGACGUGGCCGCAGGCUUCUGGCAGCCUUAUGUCUCUGACCCCAUCAACCCACAGGAGGCGGAGUGGAACCAGCUGACUUUCGACUACCUGCUGAGCCACCUCCAUUCUCCAAACGCUGAAAAAAUGGGCUUGGCCCUAAUCUCAGGCUACAAUCUCUUCCGAGAUGAAGUUCCGGACCCUUUCUGGAAAAACACAGUUCUGGGAUUUCGGAAGCUCACUCCCAGAGAGAUGGACAUGUUCCCCGAUUAUGGCUAUGGCUGGUUCAACACCAGCCUCCUGCUGGAGGGGAGGAGCUAUCUGCCGUGGCUGACUGAGAGGUUAACAGAGAAGGGAGUGACGCUCAUCCAUCGGAAGGUGGAGUCUCUCGAAGAGGUGGCAAGAGGAGGCGCAGAUGUGAUUAUCAACUGCACCGGGGUGUGGGCUGGGGCUCUGCAACCAGACGCCUUGCUGCAGCCAGGCCGGGGCCAGAUCAUCCAGGUGGAGGCCCCUUGGAUGAAGCACUUUAUCAUCACCCACGACCCAGGCCUUGGCGUCUACAACUCUCCUUACAUCAUCCCAGGGUCCAAGACAGUUACUCUCGGAGGUGUCUUCCAGCUGGGGAACUGGAACGAGUUAAACAGUGUCCACGACCACAACACCAUUUGGAAGGAGUGCUGUAAACUGGAGCCCACCUUGAAGAAUGCAAGAAUUGUUGGCGAACUCACUGGCUUCCGGCCAGUGCGGCCUCAGGUUCGGCUAGAAAGAGAGCGGCUUCAUUUCGGAUCCUCAAGUGCAGAGGUCAUCCAUAACUAUGGGCAUGGAGGCUACGGGCUCACAAUUCACUGGGGUUGUGCAAUGGAGGCAGCCAACCUCUUUGGGAAAAUUCUUGAAGAAAAGAAGUUGUCCAGGAUGCCUCCCUCCCACCUCUGAGGACACUAGUGACCACCACUUGCCCCAGAGGGCACCCUAACCCCUUCAGCCAACAGAUUCACUCCUGGAUGAUUCCUCUUCCU